UGAAGAUGUUAUUAAACUCCUAAAGAAAAAUUUACUUUGACAGAAUCUUAGCUUAGAAAAAAGAUUGAGAUUUCAAAUUGAUAACGUGAUUAUUUUGUAAAUAUUUGACGUUUCUUGUUCGGAGUUUUGCUUUUCGGAAAAAAAUCUCUUUGCAGAAAUUGAACAAAUGCAAAACAUCGCAGUUUAUAAGCAAUACUGUAUUUGGAAAUCAAAGCUACAGAUUAAAAUUUAAAUAUACUGAUAAAUAAUCGGGCCUUUCUUUAAUUAAGAGGCAAACAUAAAAACGUAUAAAUUCAAAAUAUGACAGAGCUUGCCCAUUCAAGAUUUGCAAUUAAAGAGGUAUUACUGGUCAGCUGUUAAUAUUGAAAACACAUCGAGAAAGAAAAGACAAGAGUCAAGAGAAAUAGAAAGUCGUUCAAAAAAGAUCCUUCUCUUGUUAUUCGGUAUACGAGUUUGCAUUGAUAGCAAAGCAGUUGCGAUGGCAGGAGAAAAGCAGAAUGAAUUGUACGAUGCUAUUGGAAUCGCAAUAAGCAUUUCAAACUUGGUGCUAAACUUUUCUUUAGCAUAUGCGUUGAAGAGACUAAAAAAACUGAAAAUCGUCUCUUACCGGUUCAUUUUCUGGUUGAGUUUAUCAGACUUUUUCGUUGGUGCAACUGGAACACUUCAUCAUGCUGGACGACUUUUGCAGGUUGACAAAAAACUAAUACUGGCUACGUUUUUGCUUUUGGGGUUCUUUUUUCAUUUUUCUGUUUACCUCACAAUAACAAUCGCAAUAGACCGAUUCAUUCAUAUGAAGUUACUUAAGGGAUAUGGCAGUUUUAUGACGAUCCGUAAAUGCAACGUAAUGCUCCUUGUCAGUACAAUCCUUGCUGCUGCAACUUACCUUUUUAAGAAAUUUAUCCCAGAAAUUUUCUUGAUAGCAUCCAUCUUCGUGUUUUUUCUUCUGUGUAUUGUUUAUAUCUCGACGUAUUUGUCAAUCAAGAACAGCGUCAAAAAGAUCGAACUUCAUUCUGGACUUAAGGAUACUGAUUUGUCUCCACAAACUGAGCCACGCUGUGCCAAUCUUGUCAAUGAUCACGAUAAUCAAAACAACAUUGGAAAUAACGUCAUUCAAGCGAAUUUUACACCCAACCCAGAAGCAUGUCUAGCAAAGCAGGGAGAGGAACAACAAAGAAUCUCUGCAGGAAACCACAUUUUUGCAAUACCAAAUAGAGAAAGAAGGGAAAAGACAGCAAAAAAGUGCAACAAGCUUGGAGUUGAGAAAAGAGAUGCAGCCGAAGAUGUGCAUUUAAGCAAGGAUCUUAAAUCUCAAAUAGUCGCUACUUCUAAGGCCAGAAGCAAAAGACCUGAAACUGAAUUUGGAAAAGCCAUGAUCUUUAUCUUAGCUGGUUUCACCAUAACUUUCCUGCCAGUUUACAUAAUACUUCUGUUUCAAACUAUGUCACCAAGUAUUGUUGAAUCAUUUCCAAAUGGUUAUUUCUUUUUGCUGCCAAGUUUGAACUCAUCCUUCAAUGCUUUGAUUUUCAUAGCCUUCAGCAGUGAGUUAAAACGUUAUUUCAAAACUCGUAUUAUUCAAAUAUACUGACUACUUUAUUAGCUAUCCAUAAGAUCAAGUUUAUCUUUCAUAGCUGUACCUUGAAAAUGUCUAUAAAUAAAAAAGGAACUGAUCUUUGUAAAGUGGUAUCAAUUUACCUUCAUAAUAUAGGCCUCUAUAUUUUUAUCUUGCAGCAGCAUUACGUUGUGGGAUACAUGUUUCUUAAUACCUUUGUAAGUGCGGUCAGGUCAUAUAAACAAGGCUAUAAAAGUUUAUCAGAUUGCAAAUGGAUACUGAUGGAAUAGGUUUUUAUAUCAAUCUUUCAUUUGAGAUUUUAAGAAAGAAUAAAAACUUACUUUGGGACUCUUUGUCAACGGCGUUGAAUAUGAUUUGAAGAGUCUUGCGAACUAAAUUUUCUUAAUUUUAUUUGCCUUGUGCUCUGUGACUUUUGUUCAGAUAAAACGAAAAAUCUUUUGUGUAUAUAAGUUGUAACUACAAGUAGUAUAAGCGUCCUGAUGUUGUUAGGACAUUAAUUAUUCUUCUUGUAUUUUCUUUUCGUAUAUUUUCUCAGGAUAAAAUUAUUUCUAAAGCUAUCUUAUUUCGCUGUGAUUUUGGGCACGUAGCAGAAAUAUAAUGAAUUUGAUAGU